AUGCGUUCCCGACAGCAUUGGCACACCCUUUCGUGGGCGCUGGCCCUCAUCGCAAUGGUGGUGUCUCUGGCAGCCGCCGAGAAGGAGCUCCCUGAUCUCCGUAUCAUGCCACUGGGAGAUUCCAUCACCAAGGGAAACGGCUCCCCCGACAGGAACGGCUACCGGGGGAAGCUCCGUCAGAAGCUGUUGGCCGAGCAAAAGGGCACCGACUCCACGGUCGACAUGAUCGGGAGUCUGACGGAUGGAGACAUGCGAGACGCGAACCACGAGGGCCACAGUGGCAAGUACCUCGCUGAUAUUCGCGGGUAUAUCGAGCUGUCUCUGCCCGCGAAGCCGAACAUCGUGCUUAUCCACGCGGGCACCAACAAUAUGGACAAAGGGGUGGAUCUGGACAAGGCGGACAAGCUCAUUGAAUCCAUCAUUGACCGGGCUUUCGACGGGUCGCCGGGGGUGACGGUCCUGGUCGCGCCGGUCAUCUGGGCGAAUAACCCACCUAUGCAGAAGAACACAGACGCGUUCAACAAGAAGCUUGGUGCCAUUAUCGAGCGCAAGCAGGGCGGCGGUCAGCAUAUCUUAUCUGUGCCCAUCGAUAUCACGGCGGCAGACCUAUCGGACGAGAAGCACCCCAAUGAAGAAGGGUAUCGGAAGAUGGCUACGGGGUGGUACAAGGCCAUUAUUGACGCGCACCGGCGCGGAUGGAUCCAGGCCCCCGCCAAGGUUGACGUGAACGACCUCCCCGGCAUGGGGCUGGGCUAUAGCAACGGGAUCGAGGAUCCUACCGGAGGCAAUUGCGGCGACGCGAACUGGAAGAGCCGGGGCCAGGUGUUUGGUAGCUUCCGAAACUGGGAGGAGAAAGGGCCCGUCAUCGAUACGAUCAAGGGCGCUCGUCGAGACAAGGUUAUCCUCGCGGAUCUCAACAACGACGGACUUACUGACUACAUCCUGGCCCACGAGAAUGGCGACGUCCAGGCCUGGAUCAACACAGGUACGGACGAGAAUCCGUGGACGGGUCUCGGGAAAAUCAACCCCGACUGGAAGAAGGUGACGGGGGAGAUGAUCCGCAUGGCCGACGUCGACAACGACGGCAAGGCGGACAUGAUUGUGCUGUAUGCGGACGGCGCAGCCAAGGUGUGGAGGAAUGUGGCCAACGGCAAGAAGUUUGAGUCACUCGAUGCGGAGUGGGCCACAGGGCUGAGUGAACCUCGCGAGAAGGUCCACUUCCGGGACAUGGAUGGCGAUGGCUAUGCCGACUAUGUGAUCUUGCACGACGGAGGGGCAGUGGACUGGGCCCGCAACACGCACAACAAUGGCCGGGAUCCCGACCAGCGUAACUGGGAGGCCAUCACUAACAUUGCCCCGGGGCCAGCGGGCGUGCCGAACAAUCGAGCGCAGCUGUAUGAUUUGGACGGGGAUGGAAAGGCUGACUACCUCGUCGUCUACGAAGGCGGUGCGGUCGACGCCUGGCGCAACACGGGGAGCCUCAACAAGGCGGGCCAGAAUUGGGACGAACUCGGCACCAUCGCCCCCGGCAUCGAGGGCGUUACCGGCAAAAUGAUCCGGUUCGCAGACAUGGACGGAGAUGGCAACGCGGACUUCCUGGCCGUCGCAGACGACGGGAGCAUCCGCAUGUGGAAGAACACGGGGAUCGUUGCGAAAAAAGGGUCGAGCCUCCGGUUCGCCGAUCUUAAUGGGGACGGCUAUGACGAUAUCAUCUCGGUGGAUGACAAGGGCCGUGCCCGCGCAUGGCUGAAUGAGAAAGAUGGAGGUUGGAAGGAUAUUGGCGAGAUAGCGCCGGGUCUCGACGAAGAUCUCUCAGCCGCCACCAUCCACUUCGCCGACGUCAACGGCGACGGCCUUGCCGAUUUUCUUGUUGUCUACGGCGGCGGUGCGGUCAAGGCUCACCUCAAUAAUGGCAACAUCCCAGACCAGGGGAAAGACCGGAUCUGGAAACCAAGUAUUGUCAUCUCCGAAGGGGUCGGCGAGCCCGGCCGAAAGGUGACGUUUGCCGAUCUGAAUGGCGACGGAUACGCCGACUAUCUGGUUGUCUUUGACGGCGGCGCGGUCGAUUGCUGGCUCAACCAGAAGAAUAUUCCGCCAAAAGACGGAGGCCGCAUCUGGGGCCAGCGAACCACCGUGGCCACGGGCGUCGGGGAGACGGGCAGCAAGGUGCGGUUUGCCGACCUCACUGGGGAUGGCAAGGCCGAGUACAUUAUUCAGUACGACGGAGGCUCGGCCAAGGGGUACCGCAACUCUGGAAAUAUCCCGGAUGCUGGCAAGCCCAGUAACUGGAUCGACAUGGGCACCAUCUCCACGGGCGUCGAGCGGCAGGGUCCCGUGGUAUACGCUGACCUGGACGGAGAUGGCAAAGCAGACUAUGUGGUGGUCCUGAUCAGUGGGGAGGUGUAUUCGUAUGUCAAUUCCUGUGAUUGGAAGCCAGACGAUGGAGACGGAGAUGGCGAUGGCGAUGGCGAUGGCGAUGGCGGCGACGGUGGUGGUGGUGGAGGAGAUGGAGGAGAUGAUGGCGAGAAGCACGAUGUCCUCAUCGAUCCAUCCAUCUGGGAUGACAAGACCCCGGAGGUGUUUUGCCGGCCACCGUGCAAUUUGGUGCUCCCUCCCACCGUCCUGCCCUCUCCAACCGUGAUCUCGAUCGAACCAUAUACCACGCAACUCGAGGUUGCUUGGACCAUCGAUUGGACCGUCACUGCCACGAUUCAACGAACCGUGAUCACUCUCCCACCCAUCACAACGCAGACCAUUUCAUUCUGGCCGGUGCCCUUUCCCACCGACUCGAGCUCUGGCUUCACGUUCAGCCCCAUUCCGAUGGUCUUGCCGCCUCCUAUGACCACUACGAACGAUCCCAAUCCCAUGUCCGAAUCCGGGGUGUCUCAUCCACCGGUCACUCGCACAAUAUCGCCAUAUCCUUAUCCCACCAAUGUCGAUGACGAUGACGAUGACGACGACGACGACGACGAUGACAAUAAGUUGUACGGCGGUCCGUUUCCCAUCGUUACCGGAAGGCCUGCGGGGGCGUGGACCAUCCUUGUGUACCCGGAGUUACCUGCCCGAAAGGAGAUGACUGGUCAGAUCCCGAGGACCCGGGCGACGAUGAAGAAGAAGAAGACGACGACGAUGAUGAUGAUGAUGAUGUCUGCUAUAUUGACCCGGGUGACCCUGGGGAUGGCGAUGGCGGUGGCGGUGACGACGAUGGUGACGGUGAUGGUGGUGAUGGUGAUGAUGGUGGUGGUGAUGGUGAUGGUGACGGUGGAGAUGACGGCGGAGAUGACGGCGGAGAUGACGGCGGAGAUGACGGCGGAGAUGACGGCGGAGAUGACGGCGGAGAUGAUGGCGGGGAUGACGGAGGAGAUGACGGCGGAGAUGAUGGCGGAGAUGACGGCGGAGAUGACGGCGGAGAUGACGGCGGAGAUGACGGCGGAGAUGACGGCGGAGAUGACGGCGGAGAUGAUGGCGGGGAUGAUGGCGGGGAUGACGGCGGAGAUGACGGAGGAGAUGGUGAUGGCGGUGGUGGUGACGGUCAACAUCAUAACUUCCAUUGGGCUCACAGGCCAACAUUCCGGGACCAUGUGGCACAACGAUAUCGAGGUGUGCGACGAGAGCAAGACGGACAAUGAGGGCACCACGCAGUUCCAGUGCGAGGAAGGUUUCGCCCUCGAGUACAAAACAAAAAAGAACCCAACGAAGGGGGCAAAAGCCUGGCUCACAUACCCGGGGGCAGAAGAAGUCGAGGUUGAGCUGGAACUCUACGAUCAACUAAACAUGCCAGGUUGUGCGGGAGGUUCUGUCCCGAUUACCUGCCACAGGUACUUUUAUUCGUUCGAGGGGGAAUACUGCGACUGA